AUCAAAUAUCUUUUUCGGUUUACGUAUCGGAAAAUAUGCGAAUAAGUACUUGCUUCGACGGUAUUUGCUUCGACGGUAUUUUCGAAAGAGUUAUCCCAUAAGGAUAAUCGCGACGUUCGGUUUUUGAAAAAAAAUCAUUAUGAUGGGUAAAAUUGACGUCAAAUAUCUUUUAUUUUUAUUUUGUUAAUUUAUGUGUUUUAAAUUUAAAUUAUUUAAAAAUACGAGUACUAAUGAAAUCUGCCAUAUAAAUAAAUUAACCUCUCAAAUUAGUCAAAUCCUCAAAUUUAACGGUCAAUUAACUUUUUCCGUUAAGUGGUAGUUAUUUGUAGGGAAAUAUAUCAGAUUAGUUAGUUUUUUGUAAAAAAAAAUAUACUCAAGAUAAUUUUUUACAAAUAGAAAUAUAAAUUAGUUUGUUUCUUAUAAUUUUUCCAUAAAAAAUAUAUCUUGUUCGGUGACUAAUACCCCUGCCUAAAAUUAAGUUUCCUUUGAUUAGAAAUUUUUACGAAAUAUGUCGAUAAUAGGGAAAAAAAAAAUUGUUAGUACUAAAAAAAUUUAACAUACCCUAAAUAAGAGAAAUCAUCAUCCAAAAAACAAAGUAUUCCCCAUUCUUUAAGGGCCAUAAUCUCAUGGAACCAUAGAUUUAACUACAAAAAUGGGGGACCUCAUAAGAAUUAUCGCCUUAUUUAGAGAAAAUUAAGGAGAUGGGAAAGACAGGUUAUCGUAAGUUUAACAUGAUCUUCAAAUGUUCAUAUAAAUAAUAGUGUGUAUAAAUAAAACAUGGAGGAGGUAGAAAAUUCUUUUCUGCGGCUCCGUGUCGCUUGAAUGGAUUCAAAGAAACAAUAAUUCGAAAAUAAAAUCCUUUCCCUUAUCAAAUAUAUUCCUUGAUCAUUUAUUCAUAUAUAUAAAAAGUUAAGGAAAUAUUAAUAUCAUUUAUAUUUUAUUAAUAAUUAUAUAUCUUUAAAAUUCACAAGGGAAUUAAAACUAUUAUAGGGGAAAGGAGAAAUGGGAAGCAAAGUAGUGGUGUUAAUAAUAUCCAUCAUCUUGGUGGUUGGGGUUGUGAUAGGAGUGGUGGCAGUGGUUCACCACCAAAAGCAGAAAGUAGACUAUGGGAAUAAGGACGACGAGAGCCUCUCUUUGUCGAUGAAGACGGUGAAUGCCCUUUGCUCUCGAUCCUCAUUCAAAGACGAAUGUAUCAAGAGCUUAGGCUCGGUGGCGCAAAAUCAAACUGCUACCCCUCAUGACUUUGUGAAUGCCGGUAUUAGAAUGAGUUUGCAGGAGAUAAUGAAGGCCAAUGACCUUACAGACACUCUUGUCCCAAAAGUUAAUGCUACCAAAAAUCCGGAGAGGUCUCGAAUGGCUAUUGAAAGUUGUAAGAACCUUUUCAAUUUGGCUAUAGAUCGCCUGAAUGGAACCAUUGAACGAGUUGAGGAUUCUAAAAUUUAUGAGCACAAGGACUUAGUUUGGAAUGUUCGUCUAUGGCUUAGUGAUGUAGUCACCUUUUCCACAAGUUGUGUAGAUGAGUUCGAUGAGGCCGAGGCUCCUGAACUACAAAAGACGAUGCAAGAUGGUGUUCUCAAUGCAACUCAGCUCACUAUUAACCUUGUCGAUAUUAUUACUACCUUUAAUGAGGCUCUUGGAGACUUGGAUCUAUCUCUAAAUGCAACCAAAUUAAACGAACUCUCUGCUAAUGUUAAUUGUACAGUGAAUACAUUUAGCAGCAGUCGUCGCCUCCUUGGCAUAGCCAUCGAUGGUGAGGGCUAUCCUACUUGGUUGUCUGCUACGGAUCGAAGGCUUUUAGGUGCCAAACAUGGAAAAAAGAGGAUCCAUCGGAAAAGGGGAAAGGGCAAGGGCAAAAAGAAAGGUAAGAAGGGAAAGGACAAGAAAGGAGUAAUUGUUGGAGGUGCCAUAGGAGCCGUAACAGCCCCUAGAAUUGCACCUGGGAUGAGGCCUAAUGCAGUGGUUGCUCAGGAUGGGAGUGGCCAGUUCAAGAGUAUCGUUGAUGCUCUAAAGGCUCAUCCAGGGAGGAAUAUUCAAGGGCGAUAUGUAAUUUAUGUUAAGGCGGGUAUCUAUAGAGAGGAUGUAUGGAUCGGAAAGGAACAACCUAAUGUUUUCAUGUAUGGGGACGGCCCUACCAGAACAGUGGUGACCGGUAGUAAGAGUUUUGCUAAGGGAUUCCAAACAUCAAAGACGGCUCCCUUUAAUGUGGAGGGUAUGGGGUUUUUUGGCAAGGAUAUGGGCUUUCAAAACACAGCUGGUCCCUCAGGGCAUCAAGCCGUGGCUUUAAGGGUCAAUGCGCUUCAAGCUGUGUUCCACAAUUGUUGGUUUGAUGGCUUUCAAGAUACACUAUAUGUCCAAGGUGGGUCCCAAUUUUUCCGCGAUUGUCAAAUCGCUGGAACUAUAGAUUUCAUCUUCGGAAACGGCGCUACCUUGAUCCAAAACUCUAGGAUCCUUGCCAAGAAGUGUGAUCCUAACCAAAUGAAUUUACUUACGGCUCAAGGCGGAGUGUCUGCAAACGAGCCCACAGGGAUUGUAAUUCAAGGUUGUGAGGUACUUCCCGACAGGGAACUCUUUCCUCUUAGGUUUAAGCUCAAAACCUACCUAGGCCGCCCUUGGAAGCCUUAUGCCAAGACGUUGUUCCUUGAGAAUAUGAUGGGAGAUUUGAUUCAGCCUGCUGGGUAUGAACCUUGGGCUGGAAAUGCAAACAUCGGGACUGCCUUUUAUGGCGAGUAUGCCAAUCGUGGACCCGGUGCCAACACUGCUAUGAGGGUCAAGUGGAAGAGUGUUAGGGUCCUAGAUAAGGCUCAAGCCCAACGCUACUCGGCUGGUGUUUUCCUCGCUGGAGCCCCUUGGGUAAGGGCUGUUGGUGUUCCUCUCAACCUUAAUCUUGCAUAACAUAAUGUGUGUAGGAGGUUAAUUAGUUCUGUAACAAUCACUUUGUUAUAUGGGCAUGAGGGUGAAGCUCCUUGUCUAAAUAUUGCAUGUACCCUAUGUUUAUGGACACUCCAGUGUACUUGUACCCUACUAACAAAUAAAUCAAUCAACAUUGACCUACCCAAAUUUUGAGUGUUAUCAACUAUGCUUUUAUUUCUUACUUGUUAUAGUUUAAACAGCAAAAGGAAAAAAGAGAACAAAAUUUGAAAGUUGUACUUUUUUUGGACUCAAGUGAUCACAAGGGCUCAAACAUACUUCACUCUUUUUUAUAUCACAAGUUAUAUGUUGACAUUGUUUAGUGAGUGGUCUUUAACCAAGAAAUAGUCAUGUGAGAGUUUUUCAAUUUAUUAAUUUUUUUUUCAAUUUUUACUUAUAUUAAAUGUACGUUGGCAUGUGGGUCAAUAUUAUUGAGAAGUGUUGCAAGUAAAAAGAAACAAAGAAAGUACUUGUUUUUACUUAAUACUGAUGGAGCUACUCAUGAGACUGAUUGAUCAGAACCUAGGCCAUGAGAACAUGGUCUACAAGUAGAACGAGGCUUCAUCGUAUAAUCGUCGUUGUUGAAGAAGCUUGUGAACACGUUCUAAAGUCUUUUCUAAUGAAGAAGCUUGUCAACAUAUCUACAACAAGACUGCAUUGUAAAGUCACACGACAAUAGUUGGAAUAGUCCAUUGUAGUUAAUCACACACAC